GGGACUUCCGGCCUCUCCACCCCAGCUUCCGGCGCCCGUCGGGAGGCUGUCCUGGAGGUCGGACGGCGCGGCCAACCUUGCUUUCCCUGCUAGGCGGGAGUCUUUGCUUGAGGACUGCGUGCGGAGCGCGGGAAAUGAAGGAUGGCAGCGCGCCGUGCACUCAAAGCUGUUUUGGUGGAUCUCAAUGGCACACUUCACAUUGAAGAUGCAGCUGUGCCAGGCGCACAGGAAGCUCUUAAAAGGUUACGCAGUGCCUCUGUGAUGGUCAGGUUUGUGACCAACACAACCAAAGAGAGCAAGCAAGACCUGCUGGAAAGGUUGAAGCGGCUGAAUUUUGAUAUCUCUGAGGAUGAAAUAUUCACUUCUCUGACUGCAGCCAGAAAUUUAGUGGAGCAGAAGCAGGUCCGGCCCAUGCUGCUGGUUGAUGAACGAGCGCUGCCCGACUUCAAAGGGCUACAAACAAAUGAUCCUAAUGCUGUGGUUGUAGGAUUGGCACCUGAACAUUUUCAUUACCAGAUUCUGAAUCAAGCAUUCCGCUUACUCCUGGACGGGGCGCCGCUGAUCGCCAUCCACAAGGCCAGGUACUACAAACGGAAAGAUGGCUUGGCCCUGGGGCCUGGACCCUUUGUCACGGCCUUAGAGUAUGCCACCGACACCCAGGCCACCGUGGUGGGGAAACCAGAGAAGACGUUCUUCCUGGAAGCGCUGCGGGGCACCGGCUUUGCGCCCGAGGAGGCUGUCAUGAUAGGAGACGACUGCAGGGACGACGUUGGCGGGGCCCAGAGCAUCGGCAUGCUGGGCAUCCUAGUAAAGACCGGGAAGUACCGAGCUGCGGAUGAAGAGAAGAUCAGCCCGCCGCCCUACCUGACCUGUGAGAGCUUCCCUCACGCCGUGGACCACAUCCUGCAGCACCUGCUGUGAGACACCGUCUCUGCUGCCCGGCCAUCUGUCCACCGUGAAUGGACCCCUCCCCUCCUCCAUGCCUGUGUAGACAGACACACUCGCACCGGCUUUCACCAUGCAUUGAUUAGAGGGAAAAAGUCUUGCCCCUCCCUUUUGUUUUAAUGACGAUGAGGCCCAAAGAGAGGUGGGAGCUGGGAUCUUUCAACUGCUCCUUUUGACAUAGCCACCGGAUGGGCGGGGCAGGUGGGGGGAUGACUCCCUUAGGUCACCCUCUGUCCCUCCCCUCCUCGAAUGGAGUUUUUUUAGACCACAGAAGAACGUCUGAAAGGGGACAUUGGGCUGUAGGCUUGGGACCCUUCAGCUGUGCCAAGUGGGGUACAAGCCGGAAGCAGCAAAUGGACUGUCCCAAGUGGUGGGUGACUCUGCCUCGACUGAGGCUGCUCCCUGGAUUGUCUGCUGUGUUGUUCCCUCACGGGCGACCCCUCCUCCUCUUCAUUAGCCAGAGGUGACUAAUUUAAAUUUAGAGCCUGAUUUUAAUUUAAAAUAAUAUUUCCAUUAAUAACCUAUUCAUUGCAGAUACCUAUUACACUGGGUAACAGUUGUUUUGGAAAUUUUAUGUAAAAUUAAAACUAUCAGUAUUUUACAGAUGUUUUAAUUAGACAUUGUUAUUAAGAGGAACAGUGCAGAAACUAAAAUCAAGCCUUUAAUGUCUUACAGACCAUGCAUUUUUGGAGUUAGUGUCCGCCGGGGUCCUAUUAGCUGUACAUUUGCAAGAUUUCAUUAUUUUUGUCUCUGACACUGUGGGAAAAAUAUUUCAGGCGCUAUUGGGACAGAUUCAAGCUUUUAUGUACUUGGUUACUGCAGCUGUAAAAUGAAAUCUUGUCUUGUAGUGCGGAUUAUUCUUCUCGUGUUAACCCGCCCAAAUGAAGGGGACUAAGUGGGUAAUGA